AUGUCUGACGCUCAACUGCUCGAUAGCACCUCUCUGCGGCUGCUCGGUCUCACGUUGACUACUGACCUGAAAUGGAACAAAUACAUUGAGUCAAUUGCUUCGUCCACCGCAAGGAAAGUUGGCUCCCUGAGCCGCACCAGGAAAUUUUUCUCCCCGGAAUCGAUCCUCCAGAUCUACAAAUCCACAAUUCGCCCUUGCAUGGAGUAUUGCUGCCAUAUAUGGUCUGGUGCCCCUUCUGUUUGCGUCGGGGUUCUUGAUAGGCUCCAGAGGCGGAUAUGCAAGGUAGUUGGUCAUGCUCUGGCAUCUCGUCUACGGUCACUUUCUCACAGACGCGCCGUCGCCUCCCUCUGUCUGUUUUACAAAUACUUUCAUGGAAAUUGCUCCGAGGAGCUGCAUUGGCUGGUUCCCAGACGUCAUGAGUUUAAGCGCCCUACGAGGCUGGCAUCCCGCUCUCACCCCUUCACUCUUCAUGUCUCGCACCUCUCGCCUAUGGAACUCCCUUCCCUAUUCCAGUUUCCCUGA